AUGGCUGUAUCAUACCACCGCGCUAUUUUUCGGCUCUUGGCCAUUGUUGGUUUCACAUCGCAAUGGGGCUUUAUGGUGUUCAAUGGCAAAUUUCUCGAAUGGGUUUCGACUAGACUGAAGGGAGAGUUUCCAUCUGGUUCUCCGCUCAAAGAAAGCUUUUCGGGAUUUUGGCCUGUUGACUUUUCUUUGGGACUUCUCGUCACAUUCUUCGGGUCGCUAGCCAUUCCUUCGGAGCUGCCUAAUUUGGGGCCCGUACUGCUGUUAUUGGAUCUGGUGUUUGCUCUCGCGGUAGUGAAUAUGAUGACACUGGUCGAAGAUCGGCGCAAUAGGAAGACAGGCUCGUUGCGUUAUCCUGCUCUGUGGCAAUCGCUCAAUAACUCUCUCGGGGCGGCAUCAAUCCUACCAAUCUACCUAGAGCAAUAUCUCAACAGACAACCAAAAGCCCAACACCCUCUUUCGGAUGCGCAGGCAGAUGCACUUCCCUUCUCUGCCGCUUGGAGUAUUGCCAUUUCACUCCCAGUUUUUAUCGCUCCGCUGGCCGGGGCUUCGGCCUUUGGAAUUCAGGACGCAAUCGUGCUCUGGUUUCUUCUACCUCACACAUUGGGUAUAUUCCAAGACUUGACGAGCUUUGCAAUUCCAUCCAUUCGUAUCGGUAGGCCGACGAACAGCCCUGUCAAACUCGCCUAUGGUAUCGUAGGCACGGCGAGUGCCAUCAUUCACGUGGGUGUAUGCUUCUGGGCCGUUUUCAACCCGAACCUCAGCCUGAGCAGCAUAUACUGGCCCAAUCACUCAUCUGUAAAGUCGGAGAGCUUUGCCUUUACAGCUGUCGCUGUAAUCUUCACUCAGUACGAUUUCCCCGUCAUUUACCUCAGCCUGUUUGCUACUGGCUAUUAUAUCUUCAAAUCCGAAGAGCGCAAAUCAGGUACCAGAUCACAAAGUGCAUCUUUGAUGGCUACUCUUGUCGUCAUCAGUGCUGUCUUUGGUCCUGGGGCUGGGUUGGCAUGGCUCCUGUGUCACAAGGAGACACUUCAGGAGGCUGAACGUGCUGUCUCAAGUCAUGGAGAUUAG